AUGCCGCUGCCCGUCUGCGCGGUGUCGGUACAGAUUGCACCGGGAAGGUUCUCGAGUCAGCUCCCCGCCAAGGCCACCAACAGAGCCUAUGGAAUCAACAGCAUCCUCUACCAGCGGGGCAUCUACCCCCCCGAGACCUUCACCCGCGUCCAGAAGUACGGGCUCACGCUCCUCGUCACCACCGACCCCGAGCUGAAGAACUACCUCAACAACGUGGUGGAGCAGAUGAAAGAGUGGCUGUACAAGUGCAUUGUCCAGCGCCUGGUGGUGGUCAUCUCGAGUAUCGAAAACAAUGAGGUUCUGGAGCGGUGGCAGUUUGACAUAGAGUGUGACAAAACUGCAAAGGAUGAGAGUGCACCACGAGAAAAAUCUCAGAAAGCUAUUCAGGAUGAAAUUCGAUCUGUUAUCAGACAAAUAACUGCCACAGUAACUUUUCUGCCACUCUUGGAAACUGCCUGUGCCUUUGACUUGCUGAUAUACACAGAUAAAGAUUUGGCAGUGCCAGAAAAGUGGGAAGAGUCAGGACCGCAAUUCGUAGCCAAUUCGGAAGAGGUUCGUCUUCGUUCCUUCACUACUACAAUCCACAAAGUAAAUAGUAUGGUGGCUUACAAGAAGGAUUCCUUUCCCUAAGCCAUGGGGGUUUUGUAUAUAUCCUGUCACCUUGUAUAGUUUCUGUUCAUAGUGCAGCUAAGUCAUGAACACAUCACUACUGUUGCUCUUGCUGAAGUAUACAGAAAAAAGGCAACAUUUGUCUGUGAUAAUGUGGUGGAACACUAGACUAAGCUGGUAUUGGUUUUUAAGAGGUCUAAAUAAGUAUUCAUGAUGGUAGCUAAAGUCUUACUUAACUGUAUGAGCCUAACUAAUGGUGUGUUAAAACUACUGCAUUCACUAGAAAAACUGCCUAAAUCUAGGAUUAAUUGCUAGAAUUGUGUUCAGAUCCUGUAAUUUAGUAUUUUAAGAUUAUUAUAAACUGCGUUCUAUUAGCGGGCUUAAGUUCUCUCUGGCGCUAAAAAAG